AUGCUGGCCUUCGCCGAGGGCACGAGCUGCACGACCACCGAUCCGCCUCUGGCGGACAGCUACCGCGCGCUGCUCUGCAGAGGCGAGCUCGAGGGCGUCGGCGCUGCGUCGGCGCAUGCGGUGGAGAGCCUGGCCAUGCUGGAGCGUGAUCUGCCGAUCAUCGACUUGGAGCGCCUGGCGAGCCGCGACUCGAGGGAGAGCAAGGCGUGCGCGGACGCCAUGGCGAGAGCGGCGUCAGAGUGGGGCUUCUUCCAGGUGGUCAACCACGGCGUGGGGCGGGACCUCCUGGAGGAGAUGAGGCGGGAGCAGGCGAAGCUAUUCCGCCUGCCGUUCCGUACCAAAGACAAAGCCGGGCUCCUCAAUGGCUCGUACCGGUGGGGCAACCCGACGGCCACGUCGCUCGGGCAGCUCUCGUGGUCGGAGUCCUUCCACGUUCCGCUCCCCAGCAUCUCCCGGGAAGACUGCGACUACGGAAAGCUCAACUCCUUGAGGGGAGUGAUGCAGGUGGUGGCGGACGCGAUGUCGCGAGUGGCGUACACGGUGGCCGGGACUCUUGCGGAGAACCUCGGGCACGAGGCAGGGGGCGGCGAGCCGGUGUUCCCGGCAGGGUGCGACGGGACGACGUGCUUCCUGCGGCUGAACAGGUACCCGGCGUGCCCGUUCGCGGCGGACUUCUUCGGCAUGGUGCCGCACACGGACAGCGACUUCCUCACCAUCCUCUGCCAGGACCAGGUCGGGGGCCUACAGCUCAUCAAGGACUCCCACUGGGUCGCCGUGAAGCCCCGCGCCGACGCGCUCAUUGUCAACGUCGGCGAUCUGUUUCAGGCGUGGAGCAACAACAGGUACAAGAGCGUGGAGCACAAGGUGGUGGCCAACUCCAAGGCGGAGCGCUUCUCCAUCGCCUACUUCAUGUGCCCGUUGUCGGACUCGCCAGUCGGCACAUACGGGGAGCCCUCGCCGUACAAGCCGUUUACCUUCGAGGAGUAUAGGAGGAGUGUGCGGGAUGAUGUCGAGAGAACCGGGAAAAAGAUUGGACUCCCCAACUUUCUCAAACGUUCAACCGUUCACGGCCUCGAUGACGACAUCAUGGACCUCUCUUCUUAA